AUGACUACUCCCAUUGCCAGGCGACUACAAAAUGUCAAGAAUAUCAUAAUCGUCUUGUCAGGAAAGGGUGGUGUUGGAAAGUCAUCUGUUAGCGUCCAACUAGCUCUGUCCCUCUACAAUACUUCUCCAAAUGCUCGAGUGGCGAUUUUGGAUGUCGACCUUACUGGCCCUUCUAUCCCUCGUAUGAUGGGCGUUGAUGGACACGCAGUACAUCAGAGCACAGAUGGCUGGAUUCCCGUCAUUGUGGAUGGUGAGCAAGGGCGAUUGGUGUGCAUGUCUGUGGGCUUUUUGCUCAAGAGGAAGGAGGACUCUGUCGUAUGGAGAGGACCUAAGAAAAAUGCAAUGAUCCGUCAAUUUCUCAGCGACGUACGAUGGGGCGAGCUGGACUACUUAGUAAUCGAUACUCCUCCAGCACCUGUGCAUGAUAAACUUUCGUCCGUGCUCGUCACAACCCCCCAAGUUGUGGCGCUCACAGAUAUGGGCAAAUGCUUAACCUUCACUCGCACUGUCAACCUUCCAGUCAUUGGGCUGAUCGAAAACAUGUCUGGAUACGUAUGUCCAUGUUGUGGAGAAGUCAGCAACGUCUUUUCCACUGGGGGCGGAAAGGCAAUGUGCGAACGCGACGGUCUCAGAUUUCUUGGUUCUCUACCCAUCGAUACCGACCUGGUAGCCCUUUUAGACGCCAGUGUUGAGACUGGAAAAGGCAAUGAUUCGUCUAAUUCCACUCAUGCAGUACCAGCUGCCAGCGGACCAACACCUGUGUCACUCGUUCAGAAAUAUCAGAACACACACUCAUCAAAUGGAUCUUCUAGGGAGGAAGCUAUCACCCAGGGCCAUCCAGGUGCCAUAGACGAGUCACGAACAGGAGCAAA